GGCGCAGCAGGGCCCGGCCGCGAUGGCCGCGCCGUGCAGGACGCGCACGCUGCAGGUGGUGGACACGGAGUUCAGCGCGGACGCCGUGGAGUGGUGCCCGGUGGAGGGCUGGCACAGCAUCCUGGCCUGCGGCACCUACCACCUGCGCCCGCCCGAGCAGAGCGAUUCCCGGGGGAGCAGCGGGGCCUGUGACCGGACGGGGCGGCUCUACCUGUACCACUACAACGAGGAGCAGCCCUACAUCCCUCUGACCGAGAUCCAGCGCAUCGACACGGCCGCCAUCCUGGACAUCAAAUGGUGCCACAUUCCUGUUGCAGAACAUCCCAUGGCUGGCAUUGCAAACUCCACAGGUGCUGUGGAAUUUUUCCACCUGACUGGAAGUGAGAAGAACAGCUGCAUGUUGGAGCCACGCUUCAGGGUGGAUCUGGGGGCACAGCGCCUGGCCCUGUCCUUGGACUGGUCCACUGGACGAGAGCAGUGUGGAUGUCCUUUAAGAGUGAUCAGCAGUGAUUCAGAGGGGAAGCUGAAUCUUUUCUCCAUAGAUGAAUCUGCUCCUUCUGUGCAUGUCCUGAACCAGUGGGAAGCUCACAAAUUUGAGGCCUGGAUUGCUGCUUUUAAUUACUGGGACAUUGAUAUUGUGUAUUCAGGAGGGGAUGACAGCCUGCUCAAGGGCUGGGACACCAGGUGCAGUCCAGAGGCUCCAGUCUUCACCAGCAGGAGACAUUCCAUGGGUGUGUGCAGCAUUCAGUGCAGUCCCCACCGGGAGAAUCUCCUGGCCACAGGCAGCUAUGAUGAGCACGUGCUGCUGUGGGACACCAGGAACAUGAGGCAGCCUCUGGCUGACACCCACGUGGAAGGGGGGGUGUGGAGGCUGAAGUGGCACCCCACGUGUGACUUUGUGCUCCUGGCAGCCUGCAUGCAGAGUGGCUUCAAGAUCCUGGACUGCCGUGGGAGCCUGGCUGAAAACACAGAGGAGUGUAUCAUCCUGUCAUCCUAUGUCCUGCACAAUUCCUUGGCCUAUGGGGCUGACUGGUCAAGGCUGUGUCCAAGGGAUUCCUUGCCUGCCAGCCAGGACCUUGCUGCUGCGUGCCAGCCUCAGGAGGAGCUCGUGGCAGCAUCAGGGCAAGGAGAUGAGAGGCUCAAUUUGCAGGUCCAGAACCUGAAGAUAAUUUAUGAGUCUCCCACAGCUACUUUUGAUGUAAUCCUGGAUGAGGAGAGUGAAAGCCCUGCUGUGGCACCCACAGGGGCAGGGCCAAAGCUGGCUGGGGAUGCUGGACUGCUCAGGGGCUCUGGUUUAAAGGGAGGUUUAGAUUUGGCUGCCCAAGGGGCAGAUCCUGGGCCAGCCAGUGGCUCUGACUCAGGAGCCAGGAGAGCCAAUGGAAUGGGGCUGGACAGAGGCUGUGAGCCAGCCAGGUCUCCAGACAGCCCCAAAGAAAUGAGCAUUGUGGCCACUUGUUCUUUCUAUGACAACAUCCUCCAUGUCUGGAAGUGGGAGAUGAGCCUGGUGACCCCUCCAGAUGUGCCAAGUCCCAGAUCUCCAUCCAAAGGAACAGCUGGAAGUCUGCAUUGACCAGUCCCAAUGGAAGAGGGGGAAAACUGAACUGAGAGUGAGAGCUGAACUCAGUGCCCUGACUUCUGCUGGGCUUUCCCAUCUUGCUGCUGAGCCUGGGAGUCCUUCAGGGCCAACACUGAUGGGAUUCCUGAUGUUCAAUUUGAGCACAGAGGGAAGGCUUUGCUCAGAGGCCUGUGGGCAUGGCCAGACAGGUUUAUUUAGUUUUUCCCUUCAUGUCCCAGUUCCUCUCACAGGCUGCUGCUUUGUACCUCAGAUCUGACCCUUCCAAGGCUGGUUUGCAUUUCACAAUGGAUCUGUCAGGCCCCUUCCCCUCCUCCCUCACAAACCAGACUUGCUUGUGCUGCUGUGCAGACCCAGUAAGUGAUCAGCAGGGUUCCUGAAUGGCUCAGAAAAGCCCCUGAGCAGAGGCUGGGCUGUGUGAUGGAGGAGAGCUCAGGCAGGCCAGAUGCAGGGCAGUG